AUGGAUUCUCCAACUUUUCAAAUCACUAUGGAGGAAUUCAAGCAUUUUCAUAAGAUUGAUCGAAAACUUUAUUCUUUACUUGUUAUUAACCUUGAGCGUAAUCCUUUGGAAUCAAUGCAUACAUUGUCAUUAUGGAUUUGGUUGGAGCGAACAUGUCAUUUCAAAAAUUUUAUAAGUAAGAUCAUGGCCCUACCUAAUUUUUUUAUUAACGAACUUGCUGAUGAGGGUGCAACUUGUCUCAAAUGCAUUGAGGACAAUCAAUUUGGCUUGGUCUCAACUUAUUCAAGUGAGAUUCCGCUAACUCAACACCUUACUAGAAAAGACUUAUCUCUCCAAUUUUUUCAUGAAAAUCGAGACAAUGCAAAUAGUGAGAUGAGGAAGAUUUUAAAUGAGGUUUGUCACAAGGCAUUUCAAGAUAUCAUGGAAAAGGCCAUGAUGAGUGGAAGUUCUAAACAAACCUUGAUUGAAAGCAAACUAACAAUGGUGCCACCUCCUUGUGAGUUAUCUUUGAGUGAAAGAAUGUCUCAUCUAGGAUUUGAAGGUGACAUGAUGUCUACUUGGAGGAUGAAGGGAAAAAACGUACCAUAUGAAGAACGGAGCAUGUUUCUUACUUUCUCAAAAGGCUAUCCUAUUGCAGAAUGGGAAAUAAGGGAAUUCUUUACAUCAUAUUUUGGAGACAACAUUGAGUCCAUUAUCAUGCAAGAUGUGAAAUGCAAUGAACAAGCUCUUUAUGCUCGAAUCGUGUUUGUUAAACCUGAAAUUGUAGAGUCUAUUCUAAAAGAUGAAUCUAAAGUUAAAUUUAGUAUUAAUGGGAAGCAUGUGUGGAUGCGGAAAUAUGUCAAAAGAAAUGGCAAGUCUUCCUUCCCAUGA